AUGCGAUUUGUCCGACGUGAUAUCAAACGAUAUGCAAUGUGCAAGAAGAAAUACAACGUCGCAUUACUUCGAAAGGGGGGGAAAACUAUAUUGGCAUCAAAAUCGUUUUUAUGGUCUGAAAAACGGCCACCGGUUAAGAUUUGUUACGAUGAAAACUACCAAAUGUUAUGCAUUGAAGGCAAAUGUUAUAUAGUACGUAUACCUUUAAGGAUCGAUAGGUUAACGAAUGCGCGAUUGGCUUGUACUGCUUCAACAAGUUCACCUAUCGUUUAUAACUCAUUUUUUGAGCAUGAAUCUAUAAUAUUUUCUCAAUUAACUGACUUAAUUCGCAGUCUAAUCAAUAAAAAAAACGCAAGUCCUAUUUAUAUAGCCUUAAACUCUAAUGAACAACAAAUGUUUCUUAAUUUAAUUAUUAAUUGGAUGGAAAAAGAUGGUUUAAAGAAUGUGAAUUUACUGAAUGCUUUAUUGAGACAGCGUAUAUUCAACGAACCUAAUGUCUGUAUGAAGCUAAUGGACUUUUUGUUUUCGAAAGGUUACAUUGAUGUGAUCAUAAAUAUCAUCGAGUCUUUUGCUUUGUUAGAUGAUAAUUUAUAUGUACAUUGCUUGCGUCUUGCAAUGUCCAGUGAUUUCAAGCGGUCAAUUCUGCAAGUGCUGCUUAAAAAAUCUUUUACUGGUAGUACCCUUUCAGUUGCAUUAAGGAAAAAUUUACCUAGUAGUGACGCUAUCUCUUUCAUUGAAGAAUUAAUUUUAUUGAUACAGGAUAAAAAAUUCACUCUGUGCUUAAAUAAGAUAUUGGAAUUGUUAUCAGUUUUUAUGGAUAGUUAUUCACAAAUAUUUAUAUGGGAAAAUAACUACCACGAACGGAUUCAAAAGGCAUCUCAAACUAUCACGGAUUUGACAGAUGCGAUCGAUUUGUUCAACACUCUCCAUAAUCGAAUUAUGGAAUAUAAAAAAUCAUCGAAUAAAAUUAGUUAUCCACAAAGCGAUUAUUUUGUGCUUCGAAUAACUUUCAAUGAAAAGGCGAUUUAA